AUGUAUUUUGUUAGCCCUAAUGCUGGAGAGUUGUACUACUUACGUAUGUUACUCACAAAUGUAAGAGGUGCCCAUUCUUUUGACGGGUUAAGGACUGUAACUAAUGGAGAAGCGUGCACGGUCCAUGAUACGUUCAAAGAGGCAUGCAUUGCACUGGGAAUAUUAGCAAAUGAUGGAGAAUUGGAAAAAUGCCUUCAAGAAGCGGUGGUUAUGCAAACUGGAAAUCAGCUGAGGAAACUGUUCUGCAUUAUCCUAUCAGAAUGCAAUCCAACAAAACCGGAGCUUUUAUGGGAGAAAUAUGGAAUGAACAUAUGUGAUGAUCUUCAACAUAGAUUACGAUCGAUGUUUAAUAUCCCAAAUCCAACUGAUGAACAUGCUAUGGAUUACGGAUUAUACAUAUUGGAUCAACUGCUUCGACAAUCUGGAAAAAAACUAGAGAACUAUAAGUCAAUGCCACGACCAAGACAUGAUUGGGGUCAAAUAGUGGUAAGGGAAUCCGUGCUCAAUACGGAUAUUGAGAGAUUGAAUGUCGAACAACGGACGACGUACAAUUCAAUAGUGGAUUCUGUGAACAACCGCGAUGGUCGAAUGUUUUUUCUGAAUGGAAGUGCGGGUACGGGGAAAACUUUUUUGUACAACACAAUAGCAAGAAGUUGUCGUAGAGAUGGAAACAUAGUUUUAACUGUUGCUUCAUCGGGUAUUGCUUCAUUACUUCUUGAUGGAGGUCGCACAGCCCAUUCGACUUUUAAGAUACCAUUUAAUGUCCAAGAAGAUAGUAAUAUUGGGAUUAGUAAGGACUCCGAGUACGCCCAACUACUUAAAGAAGUCAGAUUUGUCAUAUGGGAUGAAGUUUCAAUGCAACAUAGAUUUUGUAUGGAGGCGGUUGACCGUCUACUACGAGAUAUUCGUAGUGAUGACAGACAUUUUGGAGGUGUAACAGUUGUUUUGGGUGGAGAUUUUCGACAGACUUUACCGGUGGUCUCGAACGCAGGUCGUGAACAAACUGUUGGAGCAUCUAUAAGAAGUUCAUUUCUUUGGGAUUAUAUUAAUGUCUUGACACUAAACCAAAAUAUGCGAUUGGAACAACAACCAGAAAAUUUGGGAUUUGCUAACUUCUUACUAGAGAUCGGGACGAACCCUAAAGAAGUUGUUAACCUACCAUCGACAAUGAACAAAUGUCAAAACAUGCAUGAGAUGAUAUCUUCAGUGUACCCGCUCCUGGGAAAGGAUGGACCAAUGUCAACAGAACACUUAACCGAGAGAAUUAUUUUAUCUCCACGUAAUGAAGAUGUCCAUAAGAUUAAUCUGGAGGCAUUAGGAAAUUUGCAGGGUGAGGCUUAUACAUAUCUUGCUGUUGACAAGAUGAUUCGGGAUGACCACGGAAGGGAUUCAAGGUUCACAACCGAAUUUCUCAACAAUUUAAAUCCACCAGGAUCACCUCCAUUUAAGCUAGACAUUAAAGUUGGAUGUCCGGUUAUGUUAUUGAGAAAUCUUGCACCAAAAGAAGGUCUGUGUAAUGGUACUAGACUGGUGGUCACGAGGUGUAGACGAUAUGUGAUUGAAGCUAAAAUCAUAACAGGGGAAAAGGCUGGUGAGAUAAUAUUCAUCCCAAGAAUAACUUUUCAACCUUCACCUUCAGAGCUAGACAUACAAAUGGAAAGACGCCAAUUUCCCAUACAUGUUGCAUAUGCAAUGACGAUUAACAAAUCACAGGGACAAUCGGUGAAGUAUGUGGACAUCGAUUUAUGCACUCCAGUAUUUAGCCAUGGUCAACUUUAUGUGGCAUUGUCUAGGUGUACUGCUGCUAGGAGAAUAACUUUAUUGAUGCCAAAUGAGUCGAAUGAGUGUUUUAAUCUGGAAACCAAAAAUGUAGUGUAUCCCGAAAUUUUAUUGUAA